ACAAAAUGGCAAGCGGUGAUAGUAGCAGCAAGAAGAAGCGUCCACGGCCGAAACCGCCAAAAGACUCCAAGCCCUGUCCGUCGCGGUUCAUACCUCCCGACCGCGGCGGUAAGACGAUGCCGCAUGUCCGUCGAGCCGGCUAUGAUGAUGAGCUGGAGGAAGACAGCGUGCUGGUCAAAGCUAUGGCCAAUACGUAUCCUGAUGGUGAAGAUGAUGGCCACUGUGGUAAAUAUUUGCCGCUGAUGCAGGUCAAGUCUUGGACGAAAGGAGUGCCCUUUCGAGACUCCUACAUGCAUUGUAAACCUUCGGAUUCUAUUGGUAACUGCUACAGUAGGCCUACAAAAACCAUACGUCUGAUCAACAUGCCGCCUAAGAAACAGCCUCCCCCCCAACUCUAUGGGCCACUGGGGCCCAAUGGCGAGAUGCAAUUCCCCCCCAUCAAAUCCUGGGCAGACAGGGAGAAGGAACGGCUCCGGGCUAUUGAGGAUGAGAAGAAAAGGAAGCUUGAUUUGCAGAAAGGUUUAGUAAGACUAGAAGAUUUGAUAUCGGGUGAGUACGACAGGAAGAAAGCUGCAGAAGCCGAGGCGAAAAAGAAACGAGCUGAGAAGAGGAAACUGGCGAAGGAAGCAGCUCAGCUAGCUGAGCAGGAGGCGUUUAAAAAGCGGUUAGCAAAGUUGGAGUUUGAGCUGCCUCGCGACCCUGAUCAGCAGAAGGCAGAGAUGUUAGCCAUCACUGAAGAGGAGCACUACCGUCACAUCUCUCCAGGAGCCGUGAAGAGGAUCAACUAUUAUCUGGAAAAGUCGAUCCGCGGCCACCAGUUGCCAGAGUUCCCAGUAGAGCUGUACCGUCGCGCGAAGGUGGAGGUGGAUAAGCAGACCGUCGGCAUCAAGCGACGCAUGCUCAGCCUCACGUGGCAGGCCAAUGUCAGGCAGAGCGAGGCCGAUAUUAGGGAGUUCUUUGUUAUGGCUAUGAAGAGAUGCAUCAUAAAGUACAUUCUAGAAGACCCUGACGAGCGCGAACGUCUUGUCAUCCCGUUCCUCCCUCCAUUAUGGCCGGCACACGUGGUGCGAGCCCCGGUGCCCUGGCACUACCCCUUCGUGAAGGCUAAGGAGGCUCUGUGCCAUCGGUAUUAUCUCGGGAACCCGGUGCUGUUGGAGCUCAGGAGGAUGUGGCAUGAGAGAUACCAAAACAUGUACAUAGUGGAUAUGAAAAAGAUGCAAGCUGAGGUCCCCUUCCCCCAAUACAUCACCGAGUUCACGGACAACGUGCAGCGGCUCUGUGCGGAGACGAGAGCCGAGUUGGAGGACAACUGGCUCAUUGAUGUGGCUGACACCAUGAUCAAGAUGAGGCACCACUGGUCUGUGUAUGUCGCUAAGAAGAGGAGUGAGUCCACUUUUAAGGUGGAGCAGUUCUUCAGAUGCAUCCGUGCACUGAUGUCGAAUCAAAUUCGAGACUUGGUGGAAAGGAGCGUCCUUCAUUUCGCUGAACAUUUGUGUUAUUAUUUUGAAGGUAACGCCUUCACGGGUCCGUACCGUGACUACAUGUUCAUCAAGCGUCCGAUCCUGCGCGUGAAGGUGCUGGGCCACCCCGGCACAAACCACAUCACCUUCGACCCUGCGCUCGACAGCAUCAAGGGUUACGUCGUCAAGUGGUUCCACUCCAUCAUCAAUAUUACCCACAAUCUGCCGGCGAUUGAUAAGAUUAUGUAUCCUAACUCCCUCCGUCCGUCUCCAUACCUGAUGGCGGUGUUCCCCGAUGAACACUACAUGGUGGACGUGCUGACCGAGUCUCUACGCGUGAUGUCCGUCAACAAGCCCGGUCCACGAGCCUUCCUCGCCAGCUAUGAGGAGUACUUUUAUAUCCUCAACGGAGAAGCUAAACAGGACCUGCUGUUGUUCAUGUCGCAGGAACCACCGCCUUAUCUAAAGGACUUCUCAGCCCGCAUAUACAUGUACGAGAAGCUUCGCGACGAGGUGCUGUUCCUCCGCCGAGACAUCCCCCUCAACAUGAUCAUGUUGGACUGCGGGCCUAUCAACGAUGCUCUGUGGGACAUCGUCAACGGGCUCAGACAGCAUAUUGUCGACCACUUCAUCGCUGUCAAUAGGAAGUGGAACCGAGGCAUCUGCAACAUCUACGAGGAGAUGGCAGCCCGAGCCUCCGAGAGCCCGGAGACCACAGCGCAGCUGGUGGAGCUGAUCAACUACAUCAUGGACUGUCGCGACAGCGCCAUGUUCGACCUGAAGGAGAAGGCCAGGACUACUGCCGAACACGUGCUGUUCCUUAUGCAGCAUGCGCAUUUGACCUUUGAAGACGUUAACCUGAACACCCGAGUGUUCCUCUGGCCGCUGGACAUGGAGGAAACUAUAGACCUGACGUUAAAAACCCUCAACACGAAGAAGUCCAUGGCUGAAGACAAGUUGAGGAGCAGGAAGACGAUCUUCGAGGAUAAGCUGAAGAAGCAUGAGAAAGAUCUGGAGUUGUUCCGUCGCUUUGACCCUCCGCUGUUGAACUUGGAUCUGUUGAAGGAUGUGGUUGAGAGGGUUGAUGGUAUAUUCCGAAAUCUAAUGGAAGACAAGCGCGAAGCCGAGGACAUAAUCAACGAGGAGACACUACUAGACCAGGAAGUAUCGGUGUACUACAGCCUGCAGACCAUGAUAUCCGGCAUCGAGCCCUUCCACAAGCUUUGGCACACCUCGCAUGACUUCUACGAUGGAUAUGAGAAAUGGUACCACGGCCCCUUCCAAGGCUUAGACGCGGAACAGAUAGCCGAAGACGUGGAAGCCUGGUGGAAGCUCCUGUACAAGUUGGGUAAACAGCUGUAUGACUACCCGGGAGCCAAGCGUAUAGCUGACAUGGUGCGAAACAAGCUUGACAAGUUCAAAGUGCUGCUGCCCGUGCUGUGUGCUAUUUGUAAUAAGGGUAUGCGCGACCGGCACUGGGCUAAGAUCAGCGAGCUGAUCGGCGCCGAAGUGAUCCACGAGCCGACCACCACCCUGGCGGACAUGGUGGAGCAGGGCGUGCACGUGUACGCGGCGCAGCUGGAGGAGAUCGAGCAGUACGCCUCCAAGGAGUACGCGCUGGAGAAGGCGCUCAACAAGAUGAAGGAUGAAUGGAUUGGGAUCAAGUUUGAGGUCGUGCCUUAUAGGGAUACGGGCGUGGGCAUCCUGACGGGGCUGGACGACAUCCAACAGCUCCUGGAUGACCACAUCCUGAAGUCGCAGACCAUGCGCGGCUCGCCCUACGUGAAGGCCUUCGAGGCCGACAUGAUCGCCUGGGAGGAGAAGCUCAUCAGCAUGCAGGAUAUACUCGACCAGUGGCUUACGUGCCAAGCCACAUGGAUGUACCUAGAACCCAUCUUCUCAUCUGAAGACAUAAUGCGUCAAAUGCCGACCGAAGCUCGGAACUUCCGCGACGUGGACAAGGAGUGGAGGACCAUCAUGGCAGCCACCAUGAAGGAACCCAUGGUGCUCGAGGCUACUGACUAUCCUGGCUUGCUAAAAUCCUUGAAGUUCAAUAAUGCGUUGUUGGAGGAUAUUCAGAGAGGAUUGAACGAUUAUUUGGAGAAGAAGAGACUGUUCUUCCCAAGAUUCUUCUUCCUAUCCAACGACGAGCUACUGGAAAUCCUAUCAGAGACGAAGGAUCCGAUGCGCGUCCAGCCUCACCUGAAGAAGUGCUUCGAGGGUAUAUACACGCUGGAGUUCAACUAUAUCAAGGAGAUCGUCGGCAUGUCCUCGGCAGAAGGGGAAGUUGUCAAGCUGUCUUCAUCUAUACAGCCUGCUGACGCUAAGGGUAUGGUAGAACGCUGGCUCCAGCAACUAGAACACCAGAUGAUAGUGAGUCUCCGCGACGUGGCUAACGAGGCUAUCACCAGCUACGCGACCACCAAGCGCGAGGACUGGGUGCUCAUCUGGCCGGGCCAGAUCGUGCAGUCGGGGUCUUGCGUCGAGUAUACACUGGAGACGAUAGAGGCAAUAGAGACCCAGACCCUACCCGAGCUGAUCGAGCGCAGCACGGCACAGAUCACGGGGCUGGUGUACCUCGUGCAGGGAGACCUCAAGCCCGGCAACCGCAUCACUGUGGAGGCGCUCAUCGUGCUCGACGUGCACGGUCGUUCCAUCCAAGAAGAGUUACUAGAGCGUAAUGUGGUGGACAUAACGGACUUCAACUGGAUCUCUCAGCUGCGGUACUACUGGCGCGGCGAGAAGAUGGUCUGCUCCAUGAUCACCACCGACGUGGAGUACGGGUUCGAGUACCUCGGUAACACUGGCCGGCUUGUUGCUACGCCGCUCACUGAUCGGUGCUUCAGGACCCUAAUGAGUGCAUUAAAGCUGAACCUGGGCGGUGCACCCGAGGGUCCAGCCGGCACGGGUAAGACGGAGACCACCAAAGACUUGGCCAAGGCCGUCGCCAAGAAGUGCGUCGUCUUCAACUGCUCUGACGGCCUUGAUUAUAAGGCGCUGGGCAAGUUCUUCAAGGGUCUAGCUCAAUCCGGCGCGUGGGCAUGCUUCGACGAGUUCAACCGCAUCGAGCUGGAGGUGCUGUCCGUGGUGGCGCAGCAGAUCCUCUCCAUCCAGCUCGCCAUCCUGCGCCGGGAGAAGCGCUUCGUCUUCGAGGGCACGGAGAUCAGCCUCAAUCCUACCUGUUCUGUCUUUAUUACUAUGAAUCCUGGGUACGCAGGUCGUACGGAGCUGCCUGACAACUUGAAGGUGCUGUUCAGGACCGUCGCCAUGAUGGUGCCGGACUACGCCAUGAUCGGGGAGAUCACGCUCUACUCCAACGGAUUCGUUAAUGCUGGCCCUCUAGCCCGCAAAAUAGUGCAAGCCUACAAGCUGUGCUCGGAGCAGCUAUCCUCACAGAACCACUACGACUACGGCAUGCGAGCCGUCAAGUCUGUCCUGCUGGCUUCCGGCGCCCUGAAGAAGAACUACCCUGAGAAGGACGAGUCGCAGCUCGUCUUGAGGGCCAUUAUAGACGUCAAUAUGCCCAAGUUUUUGUCGCAGGACGUGCCGUUGUUCGCGGGCAUCUACUCGGACCUGUUCCCGGGCGUGGAGAUCCCGCAGCCCGACCGCGCCGAGCUCACGCGCUGCAUCCUGCGCGAGCUCGACAAGCGCAACCUGCAGGCCACCGACUGGUACCUCGAGAAGAUCAUACAGAUCUACGAGAUGAUGCUGGUCCGUCACGGGUUCAUGAUAGUAGGCCAGCCGAUGGGCGGCAAGACUCAAGCCUACCAGUCCCUCGCAGAGGCUUUGAGAACUCUGCAGCUGACCAAGCCACCGCCCCGGCAUAAGGAGUUCGGAGCCAUCUACAGGAUCCUCAACCCUAAGGCUAUCACCAUGGGACAGCUGUAUGGCUGCUUUGAUCCCGCUUCACAUGAGUGGUCAGACGGCGUCCUAGCGAUCGCAUUCCGCGAGUACGCGAUGUCUAUAACCCGGGACCGCAAGUGGAUCCUGUUCGACGGGCCCGUGGACGCCGUGUGGAUAGAGAACAUGAACACCGUGCUCGAUGACAACAAGAAGCUCUGCCUCAUGAGCGGGGAGAUUAUACAGAUGACAAACAAAAUGAAUCUGAUCUUCGAGGCGGCAGACUUGGAGUUCGCGUCGCCGGCGACCGUGUCGCGCUGCGGGAUGAUCUACAUGGAGCCGGAGAUGUUAGGUUGGCGAGCAUUCCUGAACUCAUACAACGCGUACUUAACGAAGAAGCUGAUCCCGGAGCAGUUCGAGCUGAUCCAGGAGCUGAUCGACUGGCUGGUGCAGCCCAUCCUCGACUUCCUGCAGCUCAAGUGCACCUCCUUCGUUAGAGUCGGCGAAAUUCAUCAGUUCGAUUCGUUCACCCGGCUGUUCACGUGCCUGCUGGACGCGGAGACGCAGUUCAGCACGGUGUGGCUGCAGUGCACCUUCGUGUUCGCGCUGCUGUGGGGGCUCUGCGCCACCAUCACCAGUGAAAGCCGCAAGAUCUUCGACGCCUUCUUCCAUAAGCUUCUAGAAGGGAACAACAACCAGCACCCGAAGCCCAAAUCCUUCAAGCUGACGAAGACCCAGCUGUUCCCGGACAAGGAUACCGUCUUCGACUAUACUUAUGAUAAAAGGAACAAUGGGACCUGGAUCUCUUGGAUGGAGACUGAAAAGGAAGUGCCUUUGCCGGCUAAUGCUAAGGUGAACGACCUAAUAAUCUUGACAAACGAGAACGCGUGCUUACGCUUCUUCGUGAACAAGAUGGUGAAGGCGAACAUUCCCAUACUGAUCGUGGGUCCGACCGGCACGGGCAAGUCCUCCAUGGUGCUGAACUUCCUGCUGGCGCUGCCCAAGGAGAAGUACAUCACCAACACCAUUAAUUUCUCUGCGCGGACUACUGCUAAUCAGACACAAGACAUAAUCAUGUCGAAAGUAGACAGAAGACGAAAAGGUGUUUUCGGUCCUUCUAUGGGCAAGAAAUGCGUAUUAUUCGUGGAUGACCUGAGCAUGCCUCAGAAGGAGCAGUACGGUGCUCAGCCGCCGUUAGAACUGCUGCGCCAGUGGAUCGACCACGGACACUGGUACGACCUCAAGGACAUGGUCCGACAGGAGGUCGUCGAUGUGCUAUUUGUAUCAGCGAUGCUGCCCCCUGGCGGCGGAUCCAACCUGAUCUCCUCCCGCCUGACGCGACACAUGCUGAUCAUCACGGUGGACUCCUUUGAAGAUAACACGCUCAACAAGAUCUUCGGCACCAUCAUGGACUGGCACUUCGCUAAAGGUUUCAAUGAUGCUCUGCAGAGGCAGGCUAAGUCCGUAGUAGCAGCAACAAUGGAGGUCUACAAGGCAGUGACCCUGCAGUUCCUCCCGACCCCCAGCAAGUGUCACUACCUGUUCAACCUUCGAGACUUCGCGCGGGUCAUCAAGGGAGUCCUGCUGGUACCCUCCACGCACAUGAAGGAGCUCAACAAGCUCGUCAUACUGUGGAUACAUGAGGCGUAUAGAGUGUUCUAUGAUAGACUGGCUGAUGAUGCUGAUCGCAACAAGCUCUACGACGUAGUCUACAAGGCGGUAUACAACAACUUCCGCGUGCACAUGGACGGCGUGCUGAACGAGAUGGGCUACAUCCCCGAGAACGAGAAGUGCAGCAACAAGCACGCCUGCAACAUCUUCUUCGGCAACUACAUGGAGCCCGAUGCUGAUCCCAAGAUAUACGAUCAGGUACAAAGCAUAGACGACAUGACAGCUAAGAUGGAGUAUUAUCUAGAAGAGUACAACGUGGUGUCCUCUUCGCCGAUGUCCCUCGUCAUGUUCAGAUACGCGCUCGACCACAUCUCCAGGUGUACCCGCGUGCUGCUGCAGGAUAACGGUAAUCUGCUGUUGGUCGGCGUUGGCGGCAGCGGCAGAAGCAGUGCCGUGAAGCUAGCUGCCAGUAUAUUGGAGAUGAAUGUCGUACAGAUAGAAAUAUCUCGAGUGUACGGCCAGAAUGAGUGGCGCGAUGACAUCAGGAAACUGCUCAUGAAGGCCGGUAUUAUUGGGAAGCCUCUAGUCUUCCUCUUCGCUGAUAACCAGAUAAUGUACGAAGGCAUGGUGGAGGACAUCAAUAUGCUGCUGAACACGGGAGACAUCCCCAACCUGUACGGCAUGGACGAGAAGGUCGAGAUCCUCGACAAGAUGCAGACUGCCGUUAGGGAGGCCGGUAAAAAAAUCGAGACGACCCCACUAGCCAUGUUCGGUUUCUACGUGGAGCGAGUGAAGGCGAAUCUGCGCAUCGUGAUGGCCAUGUCGCCCAUCGGAGACUCCUUCAGGAACCGGCUCCGGAUGUUCCCCUCGCUCAUCAACUGCGCCACCAUCGACUGGUUCACAGCAUGGCCGCCCGAGGCUCUAGAGCGCGUGGCUCACAUGUUCAUCUUCAAGAUGAAGGACGUGGAGGACGAGCUGCGCCUCGCCUGCGUCGACAUGUGCCAGCUGUUCCACGUCACUGUGGUGCAGCUCAGCGACAGAUUUUACAAGGAACAGAAGAGAAUGGUGUACGUGACGCCGACCAGCUACUUGGAGCUGAUCAAAGCGUUCAUGUCACUGUACGCUAUGAAGGUCAACCAGAUCACCAUGUCUAGAAUCAGAUACGAGACAGGUCUAGAGCAGCUGGACUUCGCAGCAGGCCAGGUAGCCGUGAUGCAGCAGAACUUGCGAGACCUGCAGCCACUGCUGGUGGAGACCUCCGACAAGACUGAGAAGCUCAUGAUCAAGAUCGAACAGGAUACCGUCGUUGUGGAGAAACAGAAAGAGAUAGUAGGAGCUGACGAGGCCUUAGCAAAUGAAGCGGCUGCAGCAGCCCAAGCCAUCAAAGACGACUGCGAGUCAGAUCUCGCUGAGGCAGUUCCAGCGCUUGAGGCAGCGCUGAACGCGCUGAACACCCUGAAACCCGCUGACAUCACGCUCGUCAAGUCUAUGAAGAACCCCCCCGCGGGAGUCAAGCUGGUCAUGGAAGCUGUUUGUGUCAUGAAGGGGAUUAAGGGGGAUAGGAAGAUGGAUGCUAAUGGCAAGCCUUACGAGGACUAUUGGGGUCCAUCUCAGAAGAUGCUUGGAGACAUGAAGUUCCUCGAGAGCUUGAAGAACUACGACAAGGAUAAUAUACAUCCUAGCAUCAUGAAGAAGAUCAGAGAUAAGUAUAUUCCUGACCGCGAGUUCGACCCAGCAGUGAUAGCGAAGGUGUCGUCUGCCUGCGAGGGUCUGUGUCGCUGGGUGCGGGCCAUGGACGUCUAUGAUAGGGUCAUCAAGGUGGUAGCGCCGAAGAAGGCAGCCCUGUUCGAGGCGGAGUCGGAGCUGCAGGCGCAGAUGAACACGCUCAACGCCAAGCGAGCGCAGCUGCAGGCCGUGCUUGACAAGCUGCAGACUCUAAACGACGAGUUCGCGGAGAUGACUCGCAAGAAGAAGGGUCUGGAGGACGAGAUAGCGCUGUGCUCCACCAAGCUGGCGCGAGCGGAGCAGCUGAUCGGCGGGCUGGGCGGCGAGAAGGCGCGCUGGACCGAGCUCGCCAAGCAGCUGCACGAGCUGCUCUCCAACAUCAUCGGUGACGUGCUUCUGUCGGCCGGUUGCAUCGCGUACCUGGGUCCGUACACCGUCAACUACAGACGCGAAGUCAUUCAAGUCUGGAAUAAGAGAGCCAGGAUACUAAGGAUCCCAUGUUCGGAAACAUUCUCCCUGAUCACGACACUGGGCGAGCCUGUGGUGAUCCGCGUGUGGAACAUCGCGGGGCUGCCCGUCGACUCCUACUCCAUAGAGAACGGCAUCAUCGUCGAGAAGUCCAGGAGAUGGGCGCUCAUGAUCGAUCCACAGGAGCAAGCCAACAAAUGGGUGAAGAACAUGGAGCGCGAGAACAACCUGAAGGUGAUCAAGCUGUCGGACUCCAACUACGCGCGGGUGCUGGAGAACGCCAUCCAGCUCGGCUUCCCCGUCAUCCUCGAGAACAUCCGCGAGCAGCUCGACGCGCUGCUCGAGCCCGUGCUGCUCAGGAAUAUAUUCAGGUCAGGCGGCGUGGAUUGCUUGAAGCUGGGUGACAGUAUUCUGGAGUACAACCACAGCUUCCGCUUCUACAUCACCACGCGACUCAGCAACCCUCACUAUCUCCCUGAAGUUGCCGUCAAGGUAACCCUGCUGAACUUCAUGAUAACCCCUCAAGGGUUGCAAGACCAGCUGCUGGGCAUAGUGGUGGCUCAAGACCGGCCCGAGCUCGAGCUGAAGAAGAACCAGCUCAUCGUAGAGGGCGCCACCAACAAGAGGACGCUCAAAGAAAUCGAGGAUAAGAUACUUGAGGUACUAUCAUCAGCCGGCAACAUUCUAGAAGAUGAAUCCGCGAACCUCAUCCUAUCCUCAUCCCGCGUGCUAUCCAUCGAGAUAGAAGCCAAGCAAGCCGCCGCCACCAUCACCGAAGCAGAGAUAGAUAAGGCCAGACUGCUAUACGUGCCUGUGUCCAAACAUAGCUCUGUGUUGUUCUUCUGUAUAUCGGAUCUGGCUAAUAUUGAUCCGAUGUACCAGUAUUCUUUGGUUUGGUUCAUAAACCUGUACAACCAGGCGAUCAUCAACUCUCCUAAGAGCGACGACCUGGACGAGCGGCUGGAGGGGCUCAACGAGUUCUUCACGCGGAGCAUCUACGGCAACGUGUGCCGCAGCCUCUUCGAGAAGGACAAGCUUAUCUUCUCGCUUGUCUUGACUCUUGGUAUAUUGAGGGCUAAGGGUCAACUAGACGACGACCUGGUGACGUUCCUGCUGACGGGCGGCGUGGCGCUGGACAACCCGCACGAGAACCCCGCGCCCGGCUGGCUCACCGAGAAGGCGUGGUCAGAGAUCGUACGCAGCAGCCAUCUUGACCAACUGAAAGGUUUCCGCGAGCACUUCGAGAGUCACGUGCACGAGUGGAAGGCGUUCUAUGACCUGUCGGCUCCGCAUGAGAAUCCCUUCCCGGCGCCCUUCGAUAAGGUCAAGGGCAUUGCUAAGCUUAUCGUGCUCAGAUGCAUUCGCCCCGACAAGCUAAUCCCCCUAGUCCAACAAUACGUGGUAGCAGAAAUGGGUCGUCCGUACAUCGAACCCCCGCCCUUCGACCUGGACAAGUCGUACAACGACAGCAACAACUGUUCUCCUCUCAUCUUCAUCCUGUCUCCGGGGUCUGACCCCAUGUCCGGCCUGGUGAAAUACUCCAUGGAGAAGAAGGUUGUCAGUUUUGAGACUAUCUCGCUUGGACAAGGGCAGGGUCCCAUAGCAGCGAACAUGAUAAACCAGGCGAUCGCGACGGGCGGCUGGGUGGUGCUGCAGAACUGCCACGUCAUGACGUCGUGGAUGGGCGAGCUGGAGCGGAUCUGUGCGGAAGUCAUCGUGCCACAGAACACGCAUGCCAACUUCCGCUGCUGGCUCACUUCAUAUCCUAGUACAUCGUUCCCUGUUACUGUGCUGCAGAAUGGUGUAAAAAUGACAAACGAAGCUCCAAAAGGUCUCAAAAACAACAUCUACCGCUCCUACAUAUCGGACCCUAUUUGCGACCCGGAGUUCUACAUCUCAUGUCCCCGCACGGAAGAUUGGCGGCGGCUACUGUUCGCGCUGUGCUUCUUCCAUGCUAUAGUGCAGGAGAGAAGAGCAUUUGGCCCACUGGGGUGGAAUAUUCAGUACGAGUUCAAUGAGAGCGAUCUCAGGAUCUGUAUUAUGCAGCUGCAGAUGUUCCUGACGGAUUACUCGGAGACGCCAUUCGACGCGCUAAACUACCUGGCGGGCGAGUGCAACUAUGGAGGCAGAGUGACUGACGACAAGGAUCGUCGGCUCAUACUGUCUCUGCUGUCCAUAUUCUACAAUGAUGAAGUCACUACUACCCCUGAGUACGCAUUCUCACCGAGCGGUGAGUACCGCAUGCCGCCAAGCAUGGAGUACAACUCCGUGCUAGACCACAUCCGAGCACUGCCCAUGAUCGCCAAGCCUGAGGUCUUUGGCCUGCACGAGAACGCUGACAUCACCAAGGAUAACAAGGAGACUGCUGCGCUGCUGUUCGGCACCCUACUAACACAAACACACAUCGUGGCCGGGGGCGGCGCGGAGGGCGGCGAGGGCGGCGGCAUCGUGGACAUGACGCAGGACAUGAUGGAGCGUCUGCCCCAGUUGUAUGACGUCGCUGAAGUGGCUGAGAAGUACCCUGUGAUGUACUAUAACAGCAUGAAUACUGUGCUUAAACAGGAACUGAUCCGCUACAACCGCCUACUGUCAGUAGUAAAGCGCACGCUACACGGGGUGCACCUCGCAGCCCAGGGUCUGGCCAUCAUGAGCGCAGAACUGGAGGAGUGCAACAACGCCUUCAUCAAGGGCAUCGUGCCGGAAGCGUGGAUGUCCAAGUCAUACCCCUCUAUGAAGCCGCUGGGAUCUUAUGUCGCUGAUUUGCUGUCGCGGCUAAACUUCCUACAAGACUGGAUCGACGAGGGUCCGCCGAUAGUAUUCUGGAUAUCGGGCUUCUACUUCACGCAGUCAUUCCUGACUGGCGUGCUGCAGAACUACUCGCGUCACAACACCAUCCCCAUCGACCAGGUGCACUUCGAAUUCACCAUCACCAAGAUGGAAGCCGACAGUGAAGAAGAACCUUCGUAUGGGGUUUACUGCAAGGGCCUCUUCCUCGAAGGCGCAAGAUGGAACCGGGAGACAAUGCAAAUGGACGAAUCCUAUCCCAAAAUCCUAUUUGACACCAUCCCAAUAAUCUGGUUCAAACCGGCUCUGAUAGCGGAGUUCAAGCCUCCUCCAAGCUACUUCUGUCCAAUCUACAAGACUAGUGAGAGGAAGGGAGUGCUGGCUACCACGGGACAUUCCAGCAACUUUGUCAUGUACAUCACCCUGAGGACUGAUAUAAAGGAACAGCACUGGAUCAAUAGGGGUGUCGCUAGCUUGACACAGCUGGAUGAUUAGAUAGGAAACCUUUCAGCUGUGAAUUAGUUACACAGUGAACAGCUUCAGCUAUUCUAAACUCUAAACCUGAAUAAUUAUAAUAUGCAAAUUGGGUGAACCCAGGAAUCAGGAUAGUUGGGUUAAAGUUUAAACUUUUACUGAUAGCUAGAUUGCCUCAAAUAUAAGGGCAUUGUAUAUUAGAAGAUGUGUACAGAUGUACCUAGUUUUCACUGAGGCAUACACUUUUGUUUUCACUGAGUUACUUGUGUGGGAAACACUACUUCAGAAACCAUCAAUAUUCCAUUCAGUAUCGUAUUAACUUCUGUAUGAGGUAAUCUUUAUUUUAAUUAUUAUAUUUAAUGUAUUUUUUUAGAAUUGUUACUGUGAUAUGUGUCUAGUCUUAAUUCUAUAUUUGCCAAAUAAAUACUUUUCUU